AGCGAGACCAAGACAAGACCGAGGGAUCCGAGACCAAGACAAGACCAAGACCAAAGACCGUCGAGACUGUGACAAGACCAAGACCACAUAAAAGUGGUCUCCAGACCAAGACCGGUCUCAAGACAUCCAACUCUAUGUCCUGGUGUAUCAGGGUGAGAAAACGCAGGCAAACCCAGAAAGUGAUAAGCCGACAACACUUCGCCAUGUGUCACUAAGCACCAGUCCGCAGAUAAGAACGGCUUAUCGGAGGCGGGGAUGGAGGCUGGAUGAUCGGAGGCGGGGAUGGAGGCUGGAUGAUCGGAGGCAGGGCUGCGGUUCCGUCCGGGAAGCAGCACAGUGACGCCAGUAACCGCGGACGCGAGCCGGACGUGCAGGAUUGAAGCACCUGGCAGGAAAUGCUGACUGUUGAGAACCUUUACGAAGAUGUAAAAUCAGUGACAAGGACAGGCUUUUGCUCCAGUGGUAUAAACAUGUGUGACCUCCGGUACACCAGGGGGUGCCCUAUACCGGGUCCUCACGCUGAGGACAUGUAGGGAGGGACCGAGCAUGCGUUUCACAAAAUUCAGGUGGUUCCGCACUGUUGCGGGCUUGGUCCUUUAUGUGGCAGACAUCAUCGCUGAUGUUUGGGUUGCGGGACAGUAUUUCAGCAAUGGAAAUUUUGUCUGGGGUUCCCUGACCCUCCUCUUUGUCCUGAAUGGGUUUGUGUGCAGCCAGGUGUUCAGUUACGCCUGGUUCUGUGAUGACUUGGCCGCUGUGACCUCGACGGGCCGGAACUGCAGGCUCUCUCUGGUCGUGCUGCACGUUCUCCAGCUGGGCAUCUUCACCAGGUACCAACAGCACCUGAAGAUGGCCUGCAGGGUGCUGUGGACCAAAGAGUAUGACUGGUACGAUGAGGAUGAACUCCACCUGCAGCUGUUCGGCCAGGCUGCCGACCUGAGCAUGCUCCGGCUGUUUGAGACCUUCCUCGAGAGCGCCCCCCAGCUGGUCUUGCAGCUAUACGUCGUCCUGGGCCAUGACCAGAGGUCCAUAAUUCAGUAUAUCUCUAUCGUCGGCUCAUUCUUCAACAUCGCCUGGGCGACCGUGGACUACUGGCGAUGCUUUCGGCGGUCCAUGCCAAAUUUGUCUGAGAUGCCCCCUGGCGCCGCCCUGCUGGUGUACCUGCUGUACAAGCUGCUGAUGGUGUGCGCGCGCGUGCUCACGCUCAGCAUGCUGCUGCUCUUCAGCACCUACUGCCUCGCGGUUCUGCUACUCCUCUGGCUCCUGGGCUUCCUGUGGACCCUUGUAGUCCAGACAGAUUUCUGCACAUCCAAAGGUCUGGAGUGGUUCUACAGGGCUGUCGUGGCUUUCAUACUCAUAUUCACCUUUUUCAACAUAAAAGGCCAGAACACAAAGGUGCCCAUGACCGUCUACUAUGCCAUGUCCGCUCUGCAGAACCUGCUGGUGCCUCUGAUGUUCUUCUUCUUGACACCAGCUGCCGAGAAGUUGGACUUUUUCUGGCAGACGGUCGUUGUGAUAGCAGCGGGCACUAUCAUGGGCCUCCUGUUCCUCUCUCUCUACUACUCCUUCCUGCACCCCAGAAGAGAAGCUCGCAUAGCUGAUGUGGUGGAUGGACCAGAAGCUCGCAUAGCUGAUGUGGAGGAUGGACCAGAAGCUCGCAUAGCUGAUGUGGUGGAUGGACCAGAAGCUCGCAUAGCUGAUGUGGAGGAUGGACCAGAAGGGCGGCAGGGCGUUUCACUUGGCUGGACUCUGCGGAUGAGGAUGUUUUUACAGCCAUGACACCACUCUGCUGAAGGAAGCCUCAACAACAUGAGUGGGACAGUUUAAGACGCCGCGUGCAGCUCGAGGCCCAAAGCAGGCUGCCGAGGCUGGAUUCACUGGGGGGGACUUUGAAGGAAACGGCCCCAAACGCCCACUGACGGGACGGUGAGAGACGGUCACGCCACAGCACUGCGGCACUGUGCCGGGAAAGUGGAGAGCCGGCCGGCGAGAGACUGUUUUUCAUUACAGAUUCAAAGUCCAAAUAAAGCAUGAUUAAUGGGCUGCCAGCUGGGGUGUCUUUAAUUACCGCCAGGGGCACGGGGAGUUUGCCCCAGCUUGCUGGCAUGGCAUGGCAUGGCAUGGCAUGGCUCGGCUCAGCCCGGCCUCGGCCCUCGCCUCAUACCUGGAGAAUUCACAAAAUUGGGAAAGUUUGUGCGCCAAGUGCGGUUUGUGGGCCACAAGAUCCUUUAAUCACAGCGCACACGCUAACAAAUUAGCCCUGGCAGUGACAGAUUGUGCAGCCGGUGAGACUUAAUUAAAUACAAUCCGUUCGUUAGUGAUCAGAGGACGGCUCAAUGUUUCCUGGAGGUUCUGUAAAUAAAGUCCACAUGAAACAGCAGAAGAAUUUUUCUUUUCUUUUUUCCUGAAAAAUGUCAAAUCAUAAGCUUGAGCAAUGCAUGCUGGGAAAAUGCAACUGUAUAAACGCUUUUGUGCAGGCAGAUGGCCGUGUGCAAAAAGUGGUUGGAAAAAGGUUGCAAGCGUUUCCCUGUAGCAUAAGGGUGUUGAUGCUGCCUGUUGAUUGGCUGAGUCAGUGGGGGAGGGACCAGGUGACCAGACUUGUAGGUGAAAUGUCUUGCUGUCAAUCACUCUGAGGUCCUGAUGCCACAAUCCUCUGUGAGUCUGAAUCUGGCUGUUUUGGGAGAUGCCCUUGGCAAAGAUCACAAGAAUAUCAGCCAAUUAUUGAGCAGGCUAAUACGAAGGAUGUUGGGUUCAGAUCCUUAACGCCAGGUCCAGUUGCUCAUAGAACCCGUAUUUAGCUCCGAAUUCAGCUUGAGCAGAUGCCUGGGAAAGAGCUUAGCAUCCAGAAUCCGAGAGGAAAGAAACGCAGCCAAGAAUCCCGAAGUUGGUGUCAUUCAUACAGGAAAUUUAACCCGGUGAUUUCAGAGGGUUUCGAACAAAUCCCCUCUCUGUCUGCACUUGUCUGUGGGCUGACACGUCCCCCGCAAAGCAGAGCACUCUGGCCAGGCUGCCUCAUGAUGUUUCCACAGAUCCCUCAGCCUGGUUUCAGAGCUGAAGAUGAGCCACCUUCCAGCUCACUCUGGAUUUACACGGACAGCUGGGUGAGGAUAUCCAGUCUUUCCAGGAGGAGCAGUGAGACCUUCAAGACGAGAAGAACGUCUGAACAUCAGCCCUGCUCAUAUGGCACGCUGUCGCCUUCUCCCGUGUGGUAAAAAAAUGCAUCACAAACAACUGAAGAUCUGGAAGAAUCAGACAGAGGCUUGGCAAGACUUUCUGGGGUUUGAUCCAUCUGUCCGUCGAUGGCUCUGCUUCACAUUCUCGCUCUGACUUGCCCCCAGUCCACUGCAGCUCAGCAGCUGGACCCCGUCCCCCUUUCAGACAGAAAGCAGGAGGUGCAGCUUUGCUGGGCACGCGUCUACAGUGGCGAGGCUGAUGGAUUGGGGAGCACUCGUAUUUAUUUUUGCAGGCCUCUUUAUGGACGGGAGCCUGGUCCUCAGUGGAGAGCCUGCACAUCAUAGGGGCAAGCAGGCAAUCAGCACAAAAAGGAGGUUAUAAAUGAUGCAAAGGCAGCUCACUGCCGCAUAGAAGUGGAAAGGGCCCUCAGUUCGCCCACUGUCGCGGUCAGACCGCGCUCAUCUUGUCGUCCCGGAAGUCAUUAAUCAUCUGCUUUCUCUUCCCAGAUCAUGCAGAUUAGGCCCUUAAAUGUGAACCACUAAUUGUGAUACAACUUACAUGGCCAGUGAUGAUGGGAGGUCACCUGAGAGACAUACUAAAAUGGAGCAGUGUGCCCUAAGGAGACUGUGGUACCAGGCCUCAGAGAGCAGCAUCAGUGCUCAGGCAGUGGUACAGUACCAGUCCUCAGAAAGCAGUAUCAGUGCUCAGGCAGUGGUAUCAGUCCUCAGAGAGCAGUAUCAGUGCUCAGGCAGUGGUAUCAGUCCUCAGAGAGCAGUAUCAGUGCUCAGGCAGUGGUACCAGUCCUCAGAAAGCAGUAUCAGUGCUCAGGAAGUGGUACCAGUUCUUAGAGAGCAGCAUCAAUACUCAGGCAGCAGUGAAACCUUUUUUCCUUUUAUUAGUGGGAAAAAAACAAACCAAACAGAAAGUCAGCUGUUUUGUGAAUCUGGAGGUAACACACUGAUGUUACACAAGGGAGACAUUAAAUCUCAGGUUAAAUCACAACCGUAACCCCUCCCCAAGACACUACAGUAGCACCACAAGGUGUGUUUAAAUAAACUGCAUGGUUUGAUUGACCCCGCUGAGGCUACAUUUUUGCAACAGACAUGAAAUUAAAGGUGAAAGGGAAUCUGUGUUGGUGUUUAAUGGUGGCACCAAAUGGUAUAUGGCCGUUUUACCACCCCCUGCUGAUCGCCUUCACACGGCAUGCCAACGUGCAUCUGCAGCUACAGUGCCUCCCCUUGACAACGGUAAAACACUGAGUUAUGACAGAGAUGGCAUGCGGAAUUAUAAUGUAAUGCCAGCCUUUGAUGCUGCUUGGGUGAAAUUUGUUAUACAUUAAGCCAGUGAUAAUCUGAUUAUAGACAGCGAUCCAUUAAAUGUACUGGAAAAAUGGGCCAUGCACUAGUUUUGAACUUGAUACUGGAGGGAAACCUGAGAUCUACUGUGAAUCAUUAAAGGCCCUUUGAUGUAAUAUUUAAUCCAUCUGCACUUCAGUAGAGAAAUCCGUAUAUAAAAAAG